AUGUGGUGUUCUCAGAAGCCCAAUGCAGCCAUUUUUCUGAAAAUCCUUCACUGUCGGUUAAAGUGUCCGAAAAGAAGCGUUCAGGGAACACUAACCCCAGCGGAAUUGAAAACAUGGGUUAAGGACGUUCCGGCAAUAUCCCAUAGGCUUACUUACAGUAAAUUAUUGGACUUGAAAAGGAAAGAUAAGCUUAAGCAUGUUAUAAAGCAGCUGAAUGCUAAGUGGAAUCAGCGGCCGGAGUUGGUUCUGGAGGUCUUGGAGGAUAAUAAUGUUGUUAGGAUUGUUUUACCUUCUAUUGAGACCAAAGCUCAGUCGAAGAAGGCGUUGCAGUUGAAGAGGGUGAGAGAGGAGUUUAAAUGGACAAAGAAUGAGGAGUCGGAAAAAUUGAAGGAAGAGAGGGAGAUAAUGGAGAAAUCUAUAAAAAUGAAGAAGAAAAUGGAGGAGAAGAAAAAGAGGCAGGAAAUGAAGAAGAUCAAGUAUAAGGAGUUGUUGCGCUAG